CCUUUCCCUCCUUUCUAUUGGUAAGGGACUCUCCCGCUCGCGUGGUGUGGAGGGCAGGGCUAACUCGCCACUUGCGUGCUCCGUGACAGACAAAGACAGGCAUCUAUCCCCCGCCUGCUCUACGGAUUGUCCGUACCACCUUAGUGUGACUGUCUGCCUCGGGCCAUCGUUGAUACAUCUUCUGUUCGGCAUCUCUGAGUCCAGAAAUUUGGUCUCGGCACCAUGGCUUCUCACACGAAGAAAGACGACUUUUGUCUCGAGUGCCACUGGGAGGCUUUUCAUCUGGAUGGAAAAGAGACCGAAGAUCCCUCCGAGGUUCAGCCGGAGCAAUGGAACUGUUCCGACCAGGUACACACCCCGCUACCUCAUUGCGAGGUGGAUGAGCAGUGCCACGUUGACGAGGACUGCUGCGAUGUAGACGACUGUUCCGUCAACUGCUCCUCCGUCUGCGAUGGCUUCGUCGACUGCGAUGAGGCGUUAGUGUGCUCCGCAGCGCACUGCGACGAAGAUCACUGCAAGAACGUCGAUCCGGUCUGCUUUGAUGAACACUGCUUCGAUGCCGGCAGCAAUGUAGACGGCGAGCACACUCUGGAGUCCCUGUUAGGGCUGGGGUCUCCUCUCAACCUCGAAGCCAACGACCUGCUAUCGCCGACCACGAUCCCACCGUCACAGGAGCAGCCCAAGACCGUGACACAACCCGCCACCGGCCUGAUGGCCCCGGUCCCGUCGAAUGACACGUUCCUCAACUCCUAUGCACCCGUGUCCCACUGUCACUCUCACAGCCAUCAGCAUUUCCACUGUCACGAUUUCUCCAAGGAUGCUCACCAUGCCGCGAAUCCGUGGCUACCGUUACAGAACGCCGUCAACCCGGCGGAUGUCUUCCACAUGAUGGGCGCAUGUCCGGACCUGUCAGGAUGCCAUCAGUUCCAUGUCCACGAAGCACAGGCCUGUCCUGUUCCGGACAAGCCCGCCGACGACGCCGUCUCGAACUCGUUUACCUGCUUUCACAUCCCUCAUAUCCCUCACCACCACCAUCCCCCGACCGAAAUGAAGAGCCCGGCUCUCCCGCAGAAGCCCACCAACAACUGGAAGCCAUGCCGCACGCAUGUCCACCGGUGUCGCACACACGGACAUGCCCACGUCCAUCCUUAUGCCCCAUACUCGCCAUACUCCCGCCACUCGCGAUCGAGCGUCAGCUCCCAGCUGAGUCCAGGCGAGACCCCGCCCCCGCUGGAUGGGGGCACCUCAUCCGUCCUGACCAGUCCGGAGUAUGCCCCGGACAGCGAGUUAUUUAUCUGCCAGUGGACCACCACGACAGAGGGGGUGAAGAUGCGCUGCGGGGCGACCUUUGCCGACGCGUGUGCUCUGCAGGAACAUCUGGUGGCGAGCCACAUGGCAACCGUGGAGGGGGCCAAAGGCACAGGUUACUACUGCUGCUGGGAGGGGUGUCAUCGACCAGACGAACCAUUUUCGCAAAAGUCGAAACUGCAGGGACAUUUCCUGACACACAGUAACUACAAAAACUUCAAAUGCUCGGUGUGUGGAAAGAUGUUUGCGCGACAGGCGACGUUGGAGCGGCACGAGCGAAGUCAUCGGGGGGAGAAGCCGUACAAAUGCAGUGAAUGCGGGAAGUCGUUUACCGACAGCAGCGAGCUGAAAACCCAUUCGCGGACACACACCGGCGAGAAACCGUUCAAGUGUACACACCCGGGGUGUGACUUUCAAACCGGCGAUUCCUCCAACAUGUCCAGUCACCGUUUAACACACGGCGAACGCAGACAUAAAUGCCACCACCCCGGCUGCACGAAAAGCUUCACGCGACACGACCAACUAAAACGACAUCUAAAAACAACCCAUAAAGAAAACAUCAUGAUGCCCUCCCCCGCGGUGGAGCAAUUCGGCCUGGCCUUUCCCGAAGUGGCGUGAGACGAUACCACAUACCAGAUAAUCCAGUGAAGCACGGAGUUCAGGAUGAACGGAGUACGGCAGUGGAGGGACGGCGCACGGGAACGACUCGGAGUAGUGUUUCGAUAAAAUCAGUCAUGAGUGGACGACGACGUUAUAUUCCUCACAUAUCAUAUCUAUCAGAUUAUGUGUACUACGCUAAUGAACAUACCACCACCACCACCACCACCACAAUAGUCUUUCUCACCCCAUCCCUAGAUU